UUCUUCAAGUAUCUAAGGAUUAUUUGUGGAUCGCUGCUAGCCUUUUCAUAUAAUUUUGUGAUAAAUUCGAAUAUUUUGAGUGAAAUGUCUCAAUUAGAGAAAAACAAACAGGGAAUUACUCUCACAAAGCCUUACUUGGAAAAUUAUCCAGAUAAAAAUGGGUUUUUUGGUCCCUAUGGUGGAUGUUUUGUUCCUCCUGAAAUUGAGAAGCAAAUGAAAUUAAUCUCAGAACAAUAUGAUCUCUUGAAAAACGAUCCUGAAUAUCUUGAGACUUUGAGCCGAAUUAGAAGUGAUUUUCAAGGUAGACCAACUCCAUUAUUUUUUGCUAGAAAUUUAUCCAAAUAUGCCUCUCCAGAUAAAAAUAUUAAAAUCUAUCUCAAAAGAGAAGAUUUAAACCAUAUGGGUGCUCAUAAAUUAAACCACUGUAUGGCUGAAGCUUUGAUCGCUUUGAAGUUGGGUAAAAAAAAGAUAAUCGCUGAAACCGGUGCUGGUCAACAUGGUGUCGCUUUAGCUACUGCUGCUGCUUAUUUUAAUUUGAAAUGUGAUAUUUACAUGGGUGAAAUUGAUAUCAUUAAAGAAAAACCAAAUGUGGUCAGAAUGAAAAUUUUAGGUGCUAACGUUAUACCUGCAACUCACGGUUUAAAAUCAUUGAAAGAGGCUGUAGAUAUAGCUUUUGAAAAUUAUAUGAAAGAUCCCGAAAAUAUCAUGUAUUGUAUUGGCAGUGUUGUUGGCCCACACCCCUUUCCUUUAAUGGUGAGAGAUUUCCAAAGUGUUAUUGGUACUGAAACUAAAAAGCAAUUUAAAUUGAAAAAUGAUAACAAAUUACCUGAACAUAUUGUUGCAUGCUGCGGUGGUGGUUCAAAUGCUGCCGGUAUAUUUUCUGCUUUCAUUGAUGACGAAGAUGUUAAACUAUAUGCAGUUGAACCACUUGGAGAUGGAACUGGAAAACUAGGAUCGCAUGCUGCUUCUAUUUCAUAUGGUGAAGAUGGUGUUAUGCAUGGGUUUAAUUCAAUUAUGAUUAAAAACUUAAAUGACAAUGAACCCGGACCAGUGAAUUCAAUUGCUUCAGGUUUAGAUUAUCCAAGUGUUGGUCCUGAACAAGCUCUAUGGUUUAGAAGCAAUAGAACUGAGAAAAAUGUUGGUGCAACUGAUUUGGAAGCUGUUGAUGCAUUUUUUGCGCUAUCUAAAUUGGAAGGUAUUAUUCCCGCUUUAGAAUCGUCUCAUGCAAUCGCUUAUGCUUUAAAAUUAGCUAAAAAUGUUGACAACAAUUCAACUAUUGUUGUUAAUUUAUCUGGUAGAGGCGAUAAGGACAUUGAUUAUGUUGUUGAAAACUAUCCACAAUUUAUCGACAAAAAAUACGAAAUUCAAUGAUUUAAUUUAAUGAUUUAAUUUAAUGAUUUAUUUUAAUAAUUUUAUUUGACUUUAAUCUUCUUGGAAGAAUAUUCUUUAUUGUGAAUUUCUUCAGAUUCGAGCUUUUUUUUUUCCUUUUAUAAUUAUUGUUUUCAGAAUUAUUUUUAUUAUAAUAAUGUAGAUGUAAU